AUCAGCAGCACAGCCUCAUCACAAAGGUCUGCUGCUCAGAGGCUGGAUGCGGGUUGGAGAAAAAAAGCGGUGACUUUGGGAUAAAUUGCGGUACUUUGGAGGAGUUUGGGAAAAAGGUCUGAAAGUGAAUCCUAACUUUUCCUCGUCUUUGUCGGUCCUGAACGACAUAGUUGUUCCUAUGAGUGUGAAACCCGUACGGGACUGGCGAGCACCGGAAACUUUUUCUGAACUCUGAAACUUUUCGAUCUUAUCAUGUUGUGGCCGUCCUUGUUGUUGCUGACUUUGUGGCGUCUCGCUGACUUCAAGUCCCCAACUGUGACAUGAUAUGAAACCAUCUGGGUCCUUGUUUUGACGCAGCGUGAUGGAACUACAGAAGCCCACAUGAAGUCUAACCUUUUUAAGAAUCAAUCUUCCUGGAAAUGGCAAGUCGUGCCAUAUUGAUGGAGCGGACAGCAGUGUUGAUAUGCAGCGUAUUAUUCCUAAUAAUCGGCCUCUGUGUAGGAUCUCCUAACCACAGUCGUCGGCUGGUUUGCUGGAAAGCCAUCCUGAAGUGCCACGGAGAGACGGAGUGCCAUUACGCUUACGACCAGUACCUUUAUGCUUGUUCCUCUGUCCUCAGUGGGGACCGCAAGAAGUGUCCAAGCCACUGCAUAUCCUCUCUGAUCCAGCUCAAUAUGACCCAAGGUGGCCCGGCUCUGGAGGACUGCGACUGCGCCACGGACCCGGUGUGCAGGAGCACCAAACAGGCCAUCGAGCCGUGCCUGCCGCGGACCAGCACCGUGGGCUGCACCGAGGCCCGGCGGCAGUGCGAGGGGGACCACUACUGCAGCUCCGCCAUGAGGGACUAUUUAUUCCACUGCAGGAAACUUUUCGGAGGGGAAAGGUGCUCGGAAGACUGCCGCAGAGUGAUCUCCAACAUGCGCACAAUGCCGAAGGCGCAGCAGCUCGACACUUGUGUGUGUGAUGGCACGGACAGGAACAUUUGCGAGUACAUAAAAGUCAGCAUGAAAACGUUCUGCUCCGAUUCCAGUGAUAGGUUCGCGGGAAGCGGAUUUUCAGACACUGAGGAAGACUCUGAGGACGAUUAUAUCGACCAGGAGGAAUAUCUAUAUGAGGAAAACUCCAGUGCCUCCCCACCUUGUCGGACUGUUCUAAAUAUCCUGACCACCAUUUUGGUUUUGACCAAAUUUAUCUGAAAAGCAGAAAGUCAGUGGUCUUGCUCAAAAUCAGCUCCCUAGAAACUGUCUUUCUCCCCUAAACUAACAUUUGGGUAUUUUACAUUCAACGGUUGAAAGCUGAUUUGUAGCAUACGUUUAUAAAAUUCAGGACAGUGUUUAUCACUUAGUAGCAUUUGGUAUGUUUAAGUGACUAAAAUGACCAUGCUGAAGGAGCCUAUUCUGUGUUUAUCAGCUAUGUAAAGAUAAAUUGUACAGUAUAUUGUAUAAAACAUAUUUUUGUCAAGAUAUUUCUAUAUGAGUGACAAGAAAUUUGCACUGUAUGCAUAAGUGAGUCCCACUCUUUAACUGCAUUAUGACCACAGAGGAAGGAAAAUAACUGUGCCUGAACGUUUUACUACUGGGUUUAUUCAUCCUGACCAAUUCAGAGGUGUGCUGGGAAAGCAGAGCAAUUUUCUUUUACCUGCCUUACAGAGACUUUCUCCACAACCCCUUCAUUCGUUUCUGUAAGCCCCUGCAAUGUGUUUAAAUCCCAGGAAGGGUAAUGCUGAAACAAGAAGCUUUUGAGAGUGAUACACUUGACCUCGUAAACAUGGAUGUUUGCUUAAGGUAUCAAGUGUUAAUUCUUAAAAACUGUUCAAACAGACGAGAGAAAAGGUAGACCCCUCCUCCUGGGGGAUUGCAGCCCAAAUGGAGCCAAGAAGCUGUUGGCUCAGUUUGUUUGUUUGAAGUCUUCACAAAGACACACUGAGGGAAAUAAAAUGUCUGUGUUUGGGUGAGUGGAGAUGUUAAGUGCCCAUUAUGAACACACUCCGCUGAAUGUACAUGCACAUUAAAUAAAAGAGAGUUUUUAAAUAAUUCA